AUGGCCGACGACGAGGAGCGCAUCAAGGCUGAGAAGCUAGCGGCCGCCAAGAAGAGAGUCGCUCAACUGCAAAAACAGAAGAAAAAAGCGAACAAGAAAGCGGCGACAGCAGCGCCCGCGCCCGCGACGGAAGAACCCGAGAAGCCUGUCAUCGCGUCCCCAGAACCGACACAAGAGGAAAGUGCACCAGUGGCAACGAUAGAAGGGGAAAAUGGUGCCGAAGAAGAAGUACAGCAACCGGAAGAAACGCCGACGGAAACACAACCCUUUCCUCAAGUAUCCCCCACCGAGCCGAUGCCCGACGCGCCUAUUUCCCCAGGUCCGGAAGACACCGAAGCCCAGCCCGCGCUCGCCACCAGACUCGAUGCCCCGGCUCAUCCCCCCAGCCAUGGUCGGCAACCGUCGCUGUCCAUCCAGUCCAAGAUGCGGUCUUCGUCGUUCCGCAAGGGAUCCGUCUCGCAGGGGAGCGUGUCGCCGUCGCCGUCGGCGAUGCUUAAGUCGCCUUCGCUGCCGCCGCUGAGUGCUGACGGGGAGGCCGUGCAGGAGGUGUAUCGGAAGCAGUCGGCGCGGAUCGAGGAGCUGGAGAAGGAGAACAAGCGGCUGGAGAAGGAGCGGGAAGAGGCCACGGGGCGGUGGAAGAAGUCGGAGGAUCAGUUGGAGGAUCUGCGGGAGGCGAGUGUGGAUGUGGAGGAAUUGAAGGAGAAGCUGGGGAAGGCGGAAGAGAGGGUUGGGGAGAUCGAGGAGUUGAAAGCGGAGAUUGCUUCGCUACAGAGACAGAACUCUCAUCUCCAAACGCGAACACAUCGUAACAACGCAAGCGUGUCUGCUCCGGGACAAGCCGAGUCACCGCCGGCGGAUCUCGUAAAACAGCUCGAGUCGAGGGCGGCUACGAUCGAGGCGAUGGAGCUGGAGAUCUCCAAUCUACGCGCGCAGCUUUCAUCACAGUCCACUUCGAACAGUGCGCACGAGGCCCAGAUCGCGGCCUUGGAGGAGAAGCUAUCGACGAGCGAGACCGCGCUGGGAAAGUCACAGCGCGAGCUGACCGACACCAAGGCUGCUCUAACGCGUGCCUCCGAGAAGGCAGUCAAGGAAGGCGUCGACAAAACUUCUACUGAGACUUUGAUCAAAAACCUUCAACGGGAGGUAGAGGAGCUGAAGCAGGAGAAGACCGACGCGGAGAAGAAGAUCGAAAUCCUGGAAAAGAAACUGGAAGCCAUGGGCAACCUACACAAAGAAUCCGAGUCCCGCCAUCAAGUACGGCUGCGCGAGAGCGAGAAGGUCGAAAAGGAAGCCGCGGUGCUGCGCAAGAGGCUCGCCAGCGCGGAGAAUGAGAAUCUUCGGUUGAAGGAGGAGCAAGAGACCCUCCGGAAGCGGGAAGCAGGCGGUGCCGACGACGAUGCCCUGGACGAACUCGAGGACGAAGAACGGUCGCGUCUGCAGCGCCGGAUUCGUGACCUAGAAGGCGAGGUCUUCGAUCUCCGUCGCGGUGUGUGGCAGGAGAAGCGCGAGGAGCUCGCUGGGGAAGCCGACUACCAAUCCCCCUUCAGCGGUGCUCCCGACUCGGCGAGUGCUGCGGCGAAUACCUUCGACGACGUUGACCUGACCGGCGGGUCGUCUGCCGACCACGCUCGCCGCCGGAGCAUGGGUCAGAGCAAAUCCCACGGCCAACAUUCGUCCUUCUCGACUGUGCUUUCCAGUGGGAUUGCCGCCUUCACGGGAGGCAAUACCUUCUACGGCAACCGGGGACGCGCCUCAUCGAACCAGCCGCCCGCAGGUGCACGCGGUAGCCUUGAGCUUCUCUCGGAAGAGAACCUGGAGGACGAGUUCGACGAGGCGGAGUUUGCGCGCGCGCAGGCGGAAGAGGAGGCUCGGAAGCGAGUCGAAUGGGUGCGAGAGAUCAAGAGGAAGCUCAAGGACUGGCAUGGAUGGCGACUGGAUCUGGUGGAUAGUCGGGCUGGCGCUGAGGGAGCGGGCGUUGGAAUGGGCGAGAUUUUUGAGAUUUAA